CAGUCCACGGUGGACCAGCUGGUGGCCAACCUCCUGUUCACAAUGCAGGCAGUGAGCUCCAUGCUGCCAGCAGACCAUCCGCUACGAGCCAUCUGCCUGCAGGCAGUGGCAGUCCCGACCACAGUCAACCAGCAUGGCUGAUCCUGCACCAGCCACAGCAGGGAAAUGCCGCCGCCGCCCGAGUGUUCUCCAAUGGAACACCAACUCGCUGCGGCGGCGGCAUGCAGAGCUGUGCGCGCACCUUCUGCAGUGUGAUUUCGACGUCCUCGCACUGCAGGAGGUGUACACUGUGGCCGAGGACCUGCGGCUGCCUGGCUACACGGGCUACUCUGGCGCCACCACCUGCUCGACGCAGAGCUGCAUGGACGCUCCCUGCCUGGAGGGUGCCCACAAGAAGGGGAAGCCGAGGACGGCCAUCUACGUCCGCAGCAGCCUGGCCCACACGGCAGGACACGACCGUGGCGAGCGUCUACGUUCGUCCUGGGCAACAGUGGGACACCUCCAGCCUGGUGCGGCUUGCAGCACGCCUCGGUGGGCACGCAGUCCUGUGCGGUGAUUUCAACGCCCACCACACCGACUGAGGCAGCCGCAGCUGCACCCGCCGAGGCAGGGACCUCUGCAACGCCAUCAGCCGAGCAGGCCUGGUGGUACUCAACAAAGGAGGACCCACCUACGUCCGCCGUGGGGUGAGCACAGCCAUCGACCUCUCCCUUACCACCGAGCAGCGCUCCUACGACUGGGCAACAACUCCCGACACUUGGGGCUCUGAUCACUUCCCGAUUUUGAUCACCCCCGGGUGUGGGAGAAGGCCG